AUGGAGGACUUCUAUCGCAAACAGCGUCAACGCGCGAGGCUGCGUAGCCCUUGGUCUUGCUCUCUGGUGACGAUGAUAUGUACUGGUCUAUCGCUACUGCUGCUGGCGACCAUAGCGCAAUCGUUUCUCGGACGUCAAUUGGAUUCCAAGGGCUGCAAGAUGUCGUACAUGCUCUCCGCUUUUGCCAAAUACACAGACUUCGAUACCGAGCAUACCAGAUUUGCGACAAAGUACUCAUUGUAUCUGUACCGUGAGGCUGGCAUUGACCAGGACACGCGCGUCAAGGGUAUCCCAGUGCUGUUCAUUCCAGGAAAUGCAGGCAGCUACAAACAAGUGCGCUCUCUAGCAGCCGAAGCUGCCAAUUACUACCACGAUGUACUGCAACACGACCCACAGGCCCAGCAAGAUGGCAAGCGUCCAUUUGACUUCUUCUCGGUCGACUUCAACGAAGACAUUACCGCUUUCCACGGACAGACACUCUUGGACCAAGCCGAAUACCUGAAUGAAGCAAUCGCGUAUAUCCUCGCUCUCUACCACAAUCCUCAUCGCAGUCUCCGCGACGAUUCACUACCCGACCCCACCUCGGUCAUGCUCGUUGGCCAUUCAAUGGGCGGCAUUGUUGCUCGCACAAUGUUCACAAUGCACAAUUAUCAACCUAAUACCAUCAACACCAUAAUUACCCUAUCCGCUCCUCAUGCUCGUGCACCCGUCUCUUUCGACCAGGAUAUUGUCGAUACAUACCAGAACAUCAACGAAUACUGGCGCAAUUCAUAUUCCAUGGAAUCUGGCCCAUUGGAUCAUGUCACUCUGGUUUCAAUCGUUGGUGGUGGUCUGGAUACUGUUGUACCUUCGGAUUACGCUAGUCUGACUUCGCUAAUGCCAGAGUCGCAUGGAUUUACUGUUUUUACUUCAACAAUGCCUCACGUAUGGACUGGUAUGGAUCAUCUGGCCAUCAUAUGGUGCGAUCAGCUCCGCAAAGCAGUCAUCAAGGCCUUGUUUGAUGUUGCCGAUGUCAAGCAGCCUACACAAACGAUACCACGUGCGGAGCGCAUGCAUCACUUCCGAAAACGCUUCCUCACCGGUCUGGAACCGAUUAUACAGAAGGAUCUACCAAAACAAGAAGCAAAGAUGCUUCUUUCCUUGGACGAUCAGUCUUCAGCCAUUCUCACCGAAGGUGAACGCCUGAACCUUCGUCAGCUGGGUUCGUCUGCUAAGACCGAAGCAUAUGUCUUGCCUGUGCCAUCUUCGGUUGAGAAUGACGCUCGUAGACUUGCCGUCUUGACCAAUCAGCGGAUUGACGAACAUGGGCCUGUUCAAAUCUUCCUUUGUUCAUCUCAUGUCCCUCAAGCUGGUGCAGGUGGUAAUGCUUAUGCCAUCAAUUUGGACCUUUCUGGUGGCUCAUCAGGCUUCAUGCGCUUGUCUUGCAAGGACGCUGUAGUCGAUGCGAUUGCUCUACCUGCUUCAAACUCGGAGUCGAAUUUUGCGUUCGAUGACGUCCAGCCUUUUACAUACGUCGAGUAUGCGCUGAAAGAUCUGUCUGAAUACCAGUUUGUUGCGGUUGUGGAUAAGGCAAGCGAGCUCACUGAUGGAUGGGUUAUUGCUGAAUUCAGCGAUGCCACCAAGUCGACUGUCACUGUGAGAAGAUCAUUGCGCAGCCUCAUGUUGAGCGGUAUGCACCGUGUCUUGCCAGCUGCACGUGCCAUGGUCAAUGAGCUUCGGGUUCCUCGUGUGCAUUCAAGCUUGUUGGCCUACACCCUGCGCAUCCAUCAAAACUGCAACACCGAACCUCUGUUCCAACCUUUGCUGAGACAGUACAUCUCCGAACCGUACGAGUCGAAGUUUUUCCCUAAUGUGCGAGGAGAUGUCAACAUCAAUUUGCACGGCGUUUCUCCUUUUGUGCCACCGCCAGCGAAUGCGGCUCACACGAAGGAUGGACUUUCGCUACAAAUUUGGUCGGAUCCGACCUGUAACGCAGAGAUGAGUGUAUCCUUGGAUAUUGAUAUUCUUGGAAGCUUUGGCAAACUCUACAUGCGCUACAGAACUGUCUUCGCUGCUUUCCCUUUAGUCGUUGUGGCUUUGGUACUGAGGAAGCAGUUCAAGGUGUACGACGCUACAGGCAUCUUCAUGAGCUUUUCCGAAGGCAUGGAUCAAUGUAUUCGUACAUCCCUCCCUGUUCUCUUCAUCGCAUUGUCAUUUUUGUCACUCGCCCUGGCCAAUCAUGCCACUAUCUCGGCAAGCGAAAGUCUCCUUGGAUCGCAAGACGAGGCUACAGAAUCAUUCUUGGAGUUUACCAAGAACGACCUCUUACUUGGCUCCAACGACCCCUUUUUCUUCUGGCUCGUGCCGCUGUUUGGAGUCAUUAGUGUCGGCGUCUGCAUUGUGCUCAAUUACAUCACAUUGGCGUUGACACAGGUUCUCACUUUCUUUUACGCCAAGGUCAGGAACGUGCGAUUGAGAAAUGACGACGGAAGACGAACACAAACAGCAUUUGCAGUCACCAGCCCUCUGCAGCGUGUCAUCACAACCAGCAUCUUGCUUAUCAUGGUCGCGACCAUCAUACCCUACCAAUUCGCCUAUCUAGUCCUCUGUCUAGUGCAACUCGCAACCUCCGUUCGCGCAUUACGACUGGCACAAGAAACACGCUCGGGCAACAACUACAACUUCUACAACUACGUGCACAGUCUACUCAUGCUCAUGCUGUGGAUCCUGCCCAUCAACCUGCCUGUCCUCGUCGUCUGGAUUCACAAUUUAGCCGUCCACUGGCUCACACCUUUCUCCUCACAUCACAACAUCCUCUCCAUCAUGCCUUACAUCCUGAUCGUUGAAACCAUGAGCACCGGCCACAUCAUUCCUCGCUUGACGUCGCCAAAGCGGCUAGUCAACAACAUAAUGCUGUUCGCACUGGCUCUGUACGCCGCAAUCUAUGGCGUCAGUUAUGCCUAUGUGUUGCAUCAUUUGGUCAAUGGCUUUGCGGCUUGGUUGGUAGUUGUGCAUUUCGCGCCUUUAUUGAGAGGCAGAGGGGGUCUGGAAGAACAGCAACGAGGUGCUAGUGGUGGUAAUCCACCUAGCCCGCCUGGAGAUGGGCAUGUUAAGAAGAUGCCUUAG